AGCAUGGCGCCAAGAACCACUCGCUCCAAAGUUGGACUACACUUCACCAGGAAAGAGAGUGAAAAUGAAAGGUUACGGCGGUAACAGAGAAGAUAGACGGAGAGACUUGAAGUUCUACCGUAUUCCGAGAGACCCGGAGAGGAGAGCCAGAUGGACUGCUGCAAUUCGACGAGAAAACUGGGCACCAAACGAUCCCCACAGACUAUGUAGUUGUCAUUUUAUACCUGACUACCUGACAUGGAAUGGAGACAAGACCCAUGAAGAUUACAAGAUUGAACCAAAUAUCAGAUCACGAAGGUACGACGGAUGGCUGGAUUGCAGCGGUUCGUCGGAAAAGCAUUUCUUAUGAUCAUAUUUCUGCUGGAAUGAGAGUGUAUUCCCCUCAUCUCUACUCUUGUAAGUUGAACGAUUUAUCCGUUUUGGUUUCAAUACGUUUUUUGUUUUUGUUUUUUUCUUUACUGUUGUGUAAAUCUGCCUCGGUAGCAAUGCUAACCUACUCCUCCUCAUCACCUACCUGUUGUGUUACUAGGAAAACCUGCAUAUGAAAUGCUGACAACACAUCCCGAUUGGUCACCAUAUCUCUUCUUGGGUUAUUCUGAGGUCAAGCGCACCACAUCGGAGCGUUGAGAGGUUGGAAAGGCGAAGAGUGCACGCUGAAACUUCAGUUUGCUCUGCUCUUACAAACACGAUCCCAAGUGUUAUGAAAAGUCAAUAAAAUAUGAAUACCAAAACAUGACUUGAACAACUUCUUGACAAACUGUAACUGCUUGUUGUUUACUUCAGGUCUUCAUAAUAAACAGGUGUAAUAAUUACAAAGUCAGGUGACUUAAUUUUGUUAUUCUAUUUGGAAUAUGCAUUGACAAUUUUUGGACAGUGUUGUAGACAAGAACUGGGACUGAUAAGUUGCAAUAGAUUUAUUUCAAGUAAUGCAAUUUCUCCAAUACGAUAUUUGAAUUGACAGUUUAAAAUCUUUAAAUUAGUGCAAACA